AUGAAAAAGCAAAUCGUCAAGGAGUUUAUAACCGUGAAGAGGGUGCUUCACCUUCCGCCGGAGCCACCUCCGCCGCCUGAGCCGCCAAAGCGCCACGUUCUGGCCGUCGGCAGCUGCACCCUGGACAUGAUCAUCAUUGUGGACCAACCCCUAACUCCCGGACAGGUGCAGCGCACCAAGGAGGGAAGCUGGCGACGCGGCGGUCCGGCGACCAACAUCUGCACCGUGUGGCGACGAUUGGGCUUGGAGUGCGAGUUCCUCGGCGUCUUGAGCAGUGUGCGCGCCUUCGAGAGCCUGCUGACCGGCUUCCAGUCGCAGGGCAUCGACAUCUCGCACUGCCCGCGGACGAACCACCGUCCUGCCCACCGGAGCAUCUUUGUCCAGCGGCACACGGAUUCGCGCACCAUCCUGGAGUUCUUCAACGCCAACCAGGAGCUCAGCUAUCAGCAGUUCGUGGGCGCCGUCGACUUUCAGAGGUACUCGUGGAUCCACUUCGAGUGCCGCAAUCCCGUCGAGAUGCUGCGCAUGGUGCGGGCGGUAAUCGAAUUCAACGAGCGCUGUCCCGAGUCGCGGAUCAUGCUCUCCGUGGACCUGGACAACUUGCGGCCGGCCACCAUGCUAAUGGCCAGCAUGGCGGACUACGUCUUCGCCCGGAAGACCAUGAUGCGCACGUACGCCUUCAUGAAUGGACGCGAAGUAGUUUGGGCGAUCCGGGAUGAAAUGCGGGCGGCUCGGAUGCGGUGGGAGAAGGAGCAGCCCCGAAAGAUGCCAUACCUGCCGGCUGAUCCGCCGGCCGAAGAUUCCGAUGAAAGGUGCCAUGGUCCGCCGAACAAUCAGCCCAUAGUCAUUUACAACAACUACGUGGAGGGCGCAAGUUGCCUGAUGGCAGACGACACCUACUUCAAGGUGGGCCCCCAAAUCCCGCCGCAAAUCGUGGAUGUAGUGGCCGUGAACGACACCUUCUCGGCCUCCGUGAUCUACGCCCUGCACAAGGUGAAGAUGAAGCUGAGGGAUGCCAUCGAAUACGGAACCCGUGCCUCCGCGCUCAAGUUGACCGGGAAUGGAUUCGAUGUGCUGCGAUGUAUGCCCAAGGACCUAAUCGGUUGUUACUAUGCCUAAAACGCAGUUUGACUUCUUAACAAUUUGUAAAUCAUAAAUUAAUUAAAAUGUUUAAAGCGAAUGUUUGUGAACUUCUUAAUUAAACAGUUUUUGAGA